CUUAUUCUCGGGGGUUUAGUAGUUUGGUGUCCGUACUCUGACAAGAUCGCUUUAAUGAGAAACUUUAGUCGCUGGCUGCCAUGACGGAUUCUCUGGACCGAUCCACCAAUAUCAACCUGUUGAAGGAGCCGGUUGUGAGGAGACUUUGUGAAGUUUUGGACAAAUCUGGCAGUAAAGGAUGGCGAAAACUUGGAGAGAUAGUCGGAAACGAGAGGCGGUUCAAAGUCAGGUAUGCUGGUGUGCAUUGUUUCUGUUCAGUGUAAGACAUAGAAGCACAUUAAAGCAGACCAGAGCUAUGACUGAACCCAACUCUGUCACCUGAAACUGAAACCUUUUGAUAUCUUUGAUUAGAAAUGUACUGUUAAUCAUUAUCACAGGAUUUAGACCACUAAAUCAUCCUUUGUAAGAACAUUACCAUGCAUAGUGCAUAAGAUAAAAUGUAUAUUUGCAUACCUCACAUUUUUAUGACUAGGUUUGUUGUUUAAUACUGAGAGAUAUAACUUGAGCAACUUGACCUGCUGUUGAUCUCUUCCUGGUCCUGCAGUCCAGACGACAUGGAGAUGUGCUCCCUGAAGGUGUUGGAGCUGGAGGGCAGCCCGAGCCGCAUGCUGCUGAGGUUGAUGGGAGAGCGAGGCUGUAGCUCGGGUCACCUGGCCGACUACCUCCAAACUCUGGGAAACUCAGAAGCCCUGCAGUGCCUUAAACAACCAAGUAGAGUGAAAAAAAAACACACCCCUGGUGUCAAAGCUGAUUGAUCUUUUUUUCUGUUUAUUUUUUCUUAGCUCUAAGGGGAAUUCAUGACUCACUCAGAGGUGUUUUGGAUGACAUUUACAACAUCAUUGUUGCUUGGCACCGUAAGCUGGGUUGAAUCAAUUUGGAUUUUUCUAAAGACAAAGAUAUGCUUUACAUGGGAAGUUUAUCAUCUGCAGAGAAUCUGCAUUCAAAUAAAUCCACUUUUUCUUUUAAAAUGUUGCUAUAAAAAGCUGCAGCUCAAAAAAUAAGAAGGUCCCAAAAAAUGUCAUUUUCCUUCAUAAUUUAACUGAAAAGUGAAACUUUCAUAUAGAUCUAUCACACACAAAGUGAAAUAUUUCAAGACUAUAUUUGUAUCCAUCUUGAUGAUUGUGGCUUACAGCUCAAAAAUCCACAAAUUUGAAACAUUACAAAACCCCAAUCCAAGAAAUUGACUCAUGGAAAAUUACAUUCAUUUAUGCUCUCAGUAUUUGGUCGGGGCUCCUUUUGCAUUAAUUACUGCAUCAGUUCAAAAUGGCAUGGAGGCGAUCAGUUUGUGUCUCUGCGCGGGUUUUAUAAAGGCCAGGUUGCUCUGAUACCUCCUCAGCUCAGUUGUAUUAUUGCUCUGGUGUCUCUCGUCUUUGUCUUGACAAUACCUUAGAGAUCCUCUAUGCAGUUCAGGUCAGGCACGUUGGCUGGCCAGUCAAGCACAGAAGUAUAUCAUUGUAAGCAAACCACUAUCUGGUAGUCUUGGUGCUGUUGGCAGGUGCCAGGUCCUGCUGGGAAAGGAAACCUAUCUCGAUAAAGCUUCUCAGCAGAUGGAAGCAAGAAGUGCUCUAAAAUCUCCUGGUAGACUUUAGACGGUGUUGACACUGGACUUGAUCAAACACAGUAGCUGGGUGAUAAACCAAAAAUGUACCGAUACCGAAAUUCAUCAUUUUGCCCAUGUCAAUAUAUUCGGUGUCAAAAAAAUAAAUAAAUAAAAGUUGGUUUUGAAUGUGUGUAGGUAGGCAAUGGUCUCAUGUCCCUUUAAGAUGCUGUCCCACGUCAGAGAUGUGGCUCCACCCCAUCCAGUAACAAUAAGGGAAAGACAGAUGGAAGACAGUUCAAAAGUUGGUGCAGCUGGAGUGGCGGCUGAAGUAGACAAAGUUAAUGUGGGAGGGGGUGAGCAGCUUGUGGAGUAGUUAUUGUCCAUUUAUUGUCAUUGAGGUGAACUGCUCAAUAUAUCGUGAUAAUGAUUUGAAGCCAUAUCGACCAGUCCUACAGUAGACCAACACCAGCAGAUGACAUGGAACCCCAAACCAUCACAGACAGUAAAAACAUGGCACUGGACUUACAGCACCUUGGAUUCUGUGCCUCUGCUGUUUUCCUCCAGACUGUGGGAGCUAGAUUUCCAAAUGAGAUGAAAACAGAACUUUGGACAACUAAGCAAUAGUCCAAUUCUUUUUCCUGUGAGAUGAAUUAUCGAAGUUUUACUUUUUGAAGUCAUUUAUGGGAGAAAAUGAACUUUUUGGGGGCCUUCUGAUUUAUUGAGCUGCAACUGUUGAAACGAGUUGGUACUGUUGUACCUGCCUGAAAUCACUCUGACAUUGUGAGGAUAUGAUGUGUAUUGAAAGUGAAAGUCUCCAAUGUGCACAGCCCUGCAGAUCCUCAUUCAGCCGCAGUCAGUGGCUCUUAUAUCAGGACACAACCUGCGGCUCAGCUGCAACGCUGUGGGAAAAUCUCCUGUGCAGUAUCAGUGGUUCAAGGGCAAGGAUGAGGUAAGCUGUGACCUUGGCCUCACUCAGUUCCCACACAGACACACAGUUUCAAGAUUUAGAAUUGAUUUAUAUCAUUACUUUGUAAGUCCAUGUUUGAUGGUAAUACCAGUGGACACUAAGACAUGCCAACAAAUUAUUUCAGGUGCCAAACAGCUUCUCCCCAGAUCUGGUGAUAAGUCCAGUUCAUCUGAAGGACGCUGGUUUUUACAUCUGCAGGGUCAACUGUGGAGAAGCUUUUGAAUUCAGCCAAUGGGCGCAGGUGGACGUCCUGAAUGUUGCCAGGUCUUAUGGUAAGGUAUUGGAGGGACAGAUUUUCUUCUUCUUACAGGAAUCUAUUUACUGCAUGUAGGAGAUAAUAAACUUAUUGAUAUCCUCUCCUUCCACAUUCAGGGCACAGUUAUCAGUCUUUAGGAGGUCGGCUGAAGCUGGUGAUUCAGCCUCAGCUUCAGAGGCUUCAUGUCGGGGAAAACCUUCAGCUGGAGUGUGGGGCAGUGGGACGGCCAAUUCCUCGAUACCAGUGGCACAGAAAUGGAGUUCCAAUCCCCAACGCAACAAAGAGGAGACUCAUGGUGAGCAGGAGAGGUUUUUCAGUUGAAGCUUUCCUACUUGUUUGGAAACUAUUUUCUUUGUUUACCGUCAGUCUUUUUGGUUUUAAGCUUUAAAUAUUCACCUUUUCAGUUUCUAAAUUAUCUUCAACCGUCUUUUGCUUGAUAAAAAUCUCUGUGUAUUUCAGAUCCCUCAUGUGAUGCAGGAUCAGCACGGCAGGUACCGCUGUGAGAUCAGCAGCAGCACUGAGCGAAUGUGGACCAACGAAGUGGAUGUUGUUAUAGGUAUGUCCCACUGUUCUCUGCUGCUAACACAGUCCACUAAAACCAGCUUCAUUAUCAUCAUCAUGUCUGAGUGAUAAUUUGCUCUGUUCUCGACUGAAAGCACCAAGGAUUUCUGUCCAGAUUUCAGAGGCAAUGGAGUGCUCUGAAGGUAGAGUUGAAGGGACUGGUGUGUGGUGAUUCACGUCUACAUGAAAAUUUAAUCCUAACAUUGUUUAAAACAUCAUGAAUUGUUCCUGCAGUGCAUGUUGGUCAUGAUUUCUUUCAGUUAACCACUAACACACACACAACCUUCUUGGGUUUGUUCUCCAGGUUUCAGCUGAUCUCACUAAAGAUGAUUUGUGUCUGUGAAAUACUCUUUUUAUAGAGAGUUUUGUUUUUGUCAACAAAUCUCCAAACUAACAUUUCAUCCAAAUAUUCUGCUAAUCUGAUUUUUGCAGCAUAUUUAAUGCAUCAACACCAAAUGUAGCUUCAUCGUACACCUUCAGUUUUUUCUGAAAGACUUUAACUUGAAAACAAACUUUAUUUUAAGUCUAAACAUAUACAAAGAUUAAAAUAUCAGUGCAAAUAUACUGUGAGUGACAAGUUUGGUUAAGGUAUUUUCACAAGAUGAAGCGCAGAGCUUCCCUGAACAUAAUAUUCAUGCAGUAACGCUAACAAUAGUAAGUAUAAAAAGAAAAGAAAGAGGAAAAAUCUGCCUGUAAACAGUAAUAUAACAGGCAAACAUCAUUCUUAUUCUCUACAAAAGUCUUAAAUUUAACUCAAUGUGUAUGUCUAUAUGGUCUCUUUGUUAUAUUUACACACAGUGAUAGAAAUGAUGAAGUGUGAGAUUUACUAAAUUUAGACCUAUGGACAUGAAAUUUACUAACCAGUAUCAAAAGAUAAAUAAAAAAGUUAUCAGUUAUCAAACUAGUUUCUUUUUAUUUUUAUAAGAAAAGAUGAUAUCUUUAGGCCCAGAGUUAGUCCUCUAACUCUCUAAUAAAUCCUCUGUUGAGCACUUAUGAACAGCUAACAGUGCUCUGUUUCAGCUGGCACAAAAUCACACUAAGACUUUCAUUUUGGAAAAACAACACUAGCAAAUGCCUUGUAGUAAAUCUGUUAAUUUAUCCUGAAUUAAUCCGUAUUAAGUCUGAUUAAUGUUAAUAAAUUCCCUUUGGUGUGUAUGGCAGGUAUAUAAACUGUACCAAGUUUCUAAGGAGAUCCCCAAAGUGUCUUAUAAGCAACAAUUUGUCAACUGUGCUUUUAUAACCACUUUUUAACUCUGACUCAUGUUUGAAGCACCUUAUUAAGUCUCAUAAGUGGCUUUUUAACUAUUAAUGAAUGCUUAUGACAAGGACUUCCCUAUAAAAUGUUGCGGUUUUGAUUUACUAAAAAUUAUUCACAACCGAGAAGUUGUGAUUUUCCUUCUUGUAACUCAGUAACAGAGGUUUCUAAAGAACUACAGUACCCAGAAGUUUACACUGUGCCCCCUUUUAUUCUUCAAAAUCAAAACCAAAAUAAAGUGAGCCAAGAUUUAUGUCCUGAGUUGAGUUUAGUUAAUGCUGCUAGAGAUCAUUUUGAGGAAAUGUCUGUGUCUGGGAUUUGUUGACAAUAAAGAUUAACCUUAAAUUUAAUAUUAAUGGUGAAAUAUCAUUGUGGGAUAAAUAUGUGUUCUCUCCUGGGUCUGAAGGGCUUCUCUUUUCCCUGAUUUAGACUCUCCUGAAUCAAGGACACUUUAUUCUUUGCUUUUUAGUCUAUUAAUCCUCCUCAUCUGAAUCAAAGUAACAUCUUUUCUAUUGAUGUUCAGUACUUCAAUUAUGUGAAAGUCAUAUGUUGUAUUUCUUUAUUUCUAGAUGAUGUGUAUGCCAUUGGAGGAGGUAAGAAUUAUCACUCUAAUGACAGUCCACAAAAAUGUCCCAGAUACACUUUUGUAUCCUGAUAUUUUCAUAUGUGUUUAUUGUGACAAUGUCUUUCAGGCUCCAGUGAUUUUUUCCUCAACAGUCUUCCAGAGCAGCUCUAUGGUGAGUGUCAAUUACCUUGUACUCUGCUGUGUGGCUGACACACUUCUGUUUGAAGUUUGUAGCAUUACUGAUGGGACCUCCUGUAACUCAGUUAAAUGUAUUUUAAGUAUAUUUAUGUCUGAUUUAGUCCUCUGUAAGUCUUUAAUACCUUAUUUGAGAUCUUUAUAUUCAAGUUUUUUUGCCAUUACAUUAGAUAAAUUGAAGACAGACAAAAAAAAACUACAUUUGUUGGCCAGUAGCAGCAAAAUUACAUAUUUUAUCCUGUAGAUGGCACCAACACAUCUAUUUUUUUUUAAGUUUUAAGUGUCUUUCUUGGUAAAUUUCUUCAUUUUUCAGGAUCCUUAAUAAAACUUUUUUCCAGUUUGUUCGUUUACGUUGAAAAAUGCCAAAAAUUAGUUUGAUGUAUUUCCAAAACCUCAUUUACUGGAGGCUAAAGAAAGCAGCAUGAUGCAUAAAAUGUAGCUUGUAGUUUUUUUCUUUUUAAUUAAUUUUAAACUCCCAAAUUCUUUUAUGCCAAAAGCUUACUGAGCAAAACUAUUCUCUGUUUUUGUUUAUUUAAAUGUGAUGUGAUAUUGCUUUUAUGUAAAAGAUAUAUGAGCCAUCCGCCAAUCUGCUCCCUCAUUAUCAGUAUCAACAACCUUUUUUCUUCCCUGCAGCGACAGACAAAGUGGCCCUGCUGAUCGGUAAUCUGUCCUACCAGAACCACCCGCAGCUCAAAGCUCCCAUGGUGGACGUGUAUGACCUCACCAACCUCCUCAGGCAGCUGAACUUCCAGGUGGUUUCCUUGCUGGACCUCACAGAGUCAGAGAUGAGAAACGCUGUGGACGAGUUUCUGCUGCUGCUUCACAAAGGAGUCUAUGGUGUGUUUGAAUUUUACAAACCUAGAAUUUACAAAGUCGUAUGAAAAUCAUUAACCACUUUAUUACAUAUGAGAUAAAGAGUCUGAAACACACUCUCCUCUUCAGGUCUGCUGUACUAUGCCGGUCAUGGAUAUGAGAACUAUGGGAACAGUUUCAUGGUGCCUGUUGACGCCCCGAACCCGUACCACUCAGCCAACUGUUUAUGUGUGCAGAGCAUCCUGAAACUGAUGCAGGAGAAAGAGACGGGCCUCAAUGUUUUCCUGCUGGACAUGUGCAGAAAGAGGUGGGUCCAUUACGUCGGAGUCGCUCCUGCAAGUUUAACAGGACAGUAUUCUGUUUGUAAAGAUCAGUCAAGUAUAGAUCAACUUUUGAGUAAGAAUCUGCAUUCAGUGUUUCAUUCUAUUUAAUUCAUCAAGGGUAAAGUUAAACACAGGGAAGUGGCUAUGCAAUUUCAAAAACUGAUGAAGAAGGACUGUGGUUCAAACAUAUUUUUUAAUACAGGCUAUCAAAAGUCUUAAUUUGCACAAAGAUAAAAAUCCAAACUGAUAGAUUAAAUUUGCAUUUUAGUUUUAGUUUUAGUUUAGAUUCGAUUUGGAGUGUUUUGGUUUUCUUAUUUUAAACAUCUUUUUAAAUUUUCAGGAAUUUUCAUGAUGACAGCACUCCAAACAUUGUCCUGAGGGUCACAGCCAACAUUGUCUUUGGAUAUGCAACGUAAGUUUCAAUAAAACUUUAAUUCUGGUUUUAUACAUGUUCUGUUUUUGUUUGCAGAAAUGUAAAAAUGUUGUAUUCUUGGUUUGGCUUUUCAGGUGCCAGGACGCUGAGGCUUUUGAGCUGAGUUCCAGCGGCUUCACAAACGGUGUGUUUGUGAAGUUUUUGAAGAAGCGAUUGCUGGACGAUGAGAAGAUCACUGUGGUGCUGGACAGGGUGGCUGAGGGUGAGAGAGGAACAGAAACAAAGCAUAUGACUGUAUAAACUUUGGCUGAAUAAAGUAUUACUUAUCUGACAGCACUGAAAUUGAAGGAAAGGAUUGUCUUUUUUUGCCUCUGGAAAUAGAUCAUAAGUAUUUUUUUAUCUCCUUUGGGUGCAGACAUGGGUCAGUUUGAUGCUACAAAGGGAAAACAGGCUCUGGAGAUCCGCAGCAGUCUGUCAGAGAGGAGAGCUCUGACCGAUCCCAUUCUGCCCGGCGACAGCGCUGAUCUCGCCCACACUCUCAGCAGACAGUGGGCAAAGGCUCAUGGUGAGUUUGAAGCUCUAUCAGUUAGUAAAUAUUUACUUAUUGAAAACAGAGCUGCAAGGGAAAUCACAUAACAUUUGUACAUACUGGAGUAUCAGGCUGUGAGACAUGUUGGUAGUUCCCUCUCUGGUUUGUGUUCCCUCUUGUUAGAGUACUUAUGGACUUUUGCUGAUCUGAAUCAACCUGAAACUUCUUUCAAGAACAGUCAUAAAAAUGUGACAUAUUGUUGAGUAUCAGAAUUAUAUUUUUCAGAGGUGGGAAUUGUGGAGUCAGCAAGUCAUCUCCAUGCCAUUUAUUUGUUCUGGUCUGUCACUGAACCAGCUGCUUCCAAUGAGCAGCCAGGAAGGUGAGCUCAUUAGUGAAGGCACCUGGUUCAGGAACUGAGCAGAACAAAUACAUGGCAUAGAGAUGACUUGCUGACUCCACAAUUCCCACCUCUGAUAUUUUUCUCUCCCUUUCAUCCUGUCACCUCUCCUAAAAUUUAUCUUGCAGCCUUUUCUUUCAAACCCCUUUCUUAGGGGUCAUUGACGACAUCUUUAGAGUUUUUGUGUCUAGAGAGCAAACACACACCAUACUUGUUCAUGAAUAAUCAAAGAGAAAACACAAAUAGAUUAACAUCAAGCUGUAAAAGGCUAUUCUUUAAACUUGUAUCAGGAUCAUAAAAAACAGCAGAUUUUUUUUAAUCAACCAAACCUGGAAAUGUUUGUGUUUUGUGUGUUUUUGCAGAGCUUCCUGAGAGCAUGUGUCUUAACUUUGACUGUGGGGCUCAGAUCAAGCUGGGCUUUGCUGCAGAGUUCUCCAACGUCCUUGUCAUUUACACUCACAUCGUGAAAAAGCCAGAGGACAUGUCUUUCUGCCAGGCUCACGUCACAGACUUCUCACAGGUCAGCAUGUUGUCACAAAUACUGAGCACGAGACAAGCACAGAAAAUUUCUCAUCUGUGUACAAAUGGAAUUUGCUACCUGUUUCCUUCCCUUACUGCAGGAGCUUGAUGUGGACCCUAAAGAGAUGAAUAGAGAAACCCCAGAGGAGACCGGGAUCUACUUUCUGUCCAGAACCCUACCGCAGCACUGCCUUUACACCAGGGUCAGCUCACUGCAGAAGCUCAGGGUAAAAAUACUCAGCACAACUUUUCCAUAAGACAAAAUGGAGCCACAUAAAAACCCAAAACAUUAUUAUGAAUCUGUCCUUUAAACUGUGUUUCUUUGUUUCUCUUGAUAAGUUUCAUCAUGACCACAUAUAUCAGCUAGUUUUACCUUGUUCAUUUAGCAUGCUGAUGUGAAUUUACUGGCCUCAAGAAAAAAACUCAGAUCUUCUUUAACAACAUGGGAUUACAACUAACCGAGUCAUUCCCUGAGCUUUAUGAGUGUUUACAUAAGAUAGUAAUUCAUCUUUACUCAGCUUUAUUUGUAAGAUGAACUACAUUUUUAUAUCAUUCUCUAUUUUGGUCAAAUAAAGCUGAAAAUAGCAAAUCUGGGCCACAAAAAAAGGAUCCUACUCUAAUAAUAAACUACUGUCCUGUAUCACUUACACUCCACCUGCCUUAGGAGGAGCUGGUGUUCACCGUUUGCCUUCAGGGUACCUACCCUGCCAUGGACGACGAUCCUGUCCACUGGACCAAAAGCAUUAACAUCGGCAAACCCCUGAUCGCUCGACUGGACCUGCACCGGGCCGUGAGGAGAAACAGCUGCCUGCAGACCUGCAUGAUGCCUCACAGCCCCUCCCACAGCCCAUGUCACAGCCCUGGGCCUGAACACCACCUCCACCUCCACCAUGGGACACACCAGGCCCAGGACUACAGUCGACUGUCCCCCCAGCAGUACUACCUGGGUGCAGUGGGGGGCUGUGGGGAUUCCUGCUAUGAAAACGUCAGCCAGCCUCACCAUGAAUGUGCGUAUGACUCUGCUCCUGGACUCUCAGUCUCACCAGGCCGGUUAAGCAUCCCCAUAGAGACCACUGACGACAUCGAUGAGCUGCAGGCUGUGUUUAUUAACAGUCUGCAGCUUCAGCAGCAGUAAAAACAGCUGCUGGCUGUCAUUAAUAUCUGAAAAAGAAGCUUUAAAAGUCUAAUGUUGUAUCCAGAAUACUGCUGCUCUUUCUGUUACUCUUAUUGACUUUGUGACUUCUCGAGUUUGUAUCCUUCAUUUACCUCAUCAAGCUGUAUCCUGACUGUGGCAGCUACAUUUUAGGAGAUUUUUGAAAAACUUAUUGGAGUACUAUGAAUUAGGACUCAGUUAACUGUCAUAUUUUUGAUGUUUUUUAACAUGAGAGUUUUUCACUGCAAUUAUGUUCUGUGGAGACGCAUAUUAUUGAAGAUUUGCUGACUUUUAACAUCAGAAACAUUAACUUACUGGAUAUUAUACAUAUACACAUAUAUACAUAAACAUAUAUUCAAAAAAUCUUUUCAUCGUAGAGCUGGAGUUUCAUCUCUGACCUAUCAUUUUAAAGUAUUAAUGCAGAAGUUUAAUGGAGUUUUUGACCUAGUAGAGCUAUGGCUUGAUUGUGUCUCCUUCCACAAAGCUAAAUGUGCAAAACAAAACAGUCAUAACUACUGAAAGUUUCAAGAAACUAACUCAUUCACAGUUUUUUCUCUCAUUGCAACACACCAUCAAAAAAUGCACAAUAAGAAGACCACUAGCCAGCACAUCUAAAUGUUAAUAGUGCAGGUUUAAAUGUUUGAUUAGGAAGGAGAUGUGCUCAGCAACAGGUUGGAGGAAAAACACAUCAUUUUGGUGUACAGGGGACUUAGUCUGCACACAUGGUUUCCUUACAUUCACUGACAAAACAUUAGUGUGCACAUUUCUUUUUGGUUAUGAGUUGAAAAGAAAACUUGCUGAUAUAGAAAAUCAAGCUGGAAGAGCGCCCUCUGCUGUGCAAUUAGAGCAAGUAUCCAGGAAUUUUAAGCAGAUCAAUGUUAUAAAGUUAUCUGACUUAAACUGACAUUAAAAACUUCCACAAAGUUUUAA